AAGUCGUAGAGAGCGGACGUCCGAGCAAGUGAAAAAACCUAGUUUUUGAAUAUUUCAAAAAGUGCCGACCAAAAGUAAAGAAAUAAACUAACUUUUGUGUGCGAAACAAUAAAAAAAGUUAGAGAUUAGUCACCACAACUAAAGCAACUGGAGGGCGGAAGCACUCUGUCUGACUACAACAUCCCCUUCACUUGGUCCUGCGUCUGCGUGGUGGCAUGCAGAUCUUCGUUAAGACCCUCACUGGCAAGACCAUCACCUUGGAGGUCGAGCCAUCCGAUACCAUCGAAAACGUCAAAGCCAAGAUACAGGACAAGGAGGAAAAUCCCCCAGAGCAUCAGCGUUUGAUCUUCGGCGGAAAGCACCUGGAGAACGGACGCACUCUGUCCGACUACAACAUCCAGAAGGAGUCGACCAUUUACUUGGUCCUGCGUCUGCGGGGUGGCAUGCAAAUCUUCGUGAAGACCCUCACUGGCAAGACCAUCACCUUGGAGGUCGAGCCAUCCGAUACCAUCGAAAACGUCAAAGCCAAGAUACAGGACAAGGAGGAAAACCCCCCAGAGCAUCAGCGUUUGAUCUUCGGCGGAAAGCACCUGGAGAACGGACGCACUCUGUCCGACUACAACAUCCAGAAGGAGUCGACCAUUUACUUGGUCCUGCGUCUGCGUGGUGGCAUGCAGAUCUUUGUGAAGACCCUCACUGGCAAGACCAUCACCUUGGAGGUCGAGCCAUCCGAUAGCAUUGAAAACGUUAAGGCCAGGAUCCACGACAAGGAGGGAAUCCCCCCAGAUCAACAGCGUUUGAUCUUCGCCGGAAAGCAGUUGGAGGACGGACGCACUCUGUCCGAUUACAACAUCCAGAAGGAAUCGACCCUUCACUUGGUCCUGCGUCUGCGUGGUGGCAUGCAGAUCUUUGUGAAGACCCUCACUGGCAAGACCAUCACCUUGGAGGUUGAGCCAUCCGAUACCAUCAAACACGUCAAAGCCAGGAUCCACGACAAGGAUGGAAUCCCCCCAGAUCAUCAGCGUUUGAUUUUCGCCGGAAAGCAGCUGGAGGACGGACGUACUCUGUCCGACUACAACAUCCAGAAGGAGUCGACCCUUCACAGUCACUUUAAGUGGUAGAGAGCGAAAACAAAUUAACCCACCGUGAGGGAGAGAGCAGGCGGCGAAUUUCCAGUCAACUUAUACCUAUACCUAUAAAUACCAGCGCGCUGCUGUAAAACGAAUCGUAAGCUGUGAAAAAGUCGUAGAGAGCGGACGUCCGAGCAAGUGAAGAAAGCAAGUUUUUGAAUAUUUCAAAAAGUGCAGACCAAAUGUAAAGAAAUAAAUUAGCUUUUCUGUGCGAAACAGGAAAAAAAUUCCG